AUGCCAGAAGUUCCAGUCGAACUUUCCAUUGCCUUCGAAGAUGAUGCCGAAAAUGAACUCUCAUCGCAGCUGGAAGAAGUUGACAACCGAUCUGGGGGAUGGUCAAGUUGGUCAGAAUGGUCACCUUGCUCGAGGUCAUGCGACGGUGGAGUUUCUCUUCAGUUGAGGACUUGCACCAGUGGGACUUGUAGGGGUGAACACGUCCGAUAUAAGAUAUGCAACAUGCAGAAUUAUUCUCAAACUGCAAUCAAGGUUUCAAAAACUACCUCACAAAGUAAAAAAUAUCCUACAAUGAAUACAAGCGACGAAAAUGAAUUUCUUAAACUCAAGAAGGAAAUAGAACAUCUGCGAAAUGCACUAGAAUUGAAAGAAAAGGAAGAGUGUGAUAGGAUAGAACAUUACGAAAAAGAAAUUCAGAUUCUAAAAAAAGAUAAUGACGACAAGGAGAAGUAUAUCAAGGAACUCAGGAGAAGAAGUAAAGAUUUUGAAGACGAAGCCUGUGAAGCAGAAGAGGGUUUUGUACUCGAGACCCAAAAACACCGACUUACAAUAAAUGAACUUAAUAGAGAAAUAAGACAAAUGAGAGAUAACACUAAUUUACUACAAGGGAUAAAUAAGGAGAAUGAAUCAAAAGUGAAAAAACUAGAAGAGGACAUAAAAGAACUAACCGAAAUGAGAAAGAGUAUGUUGACUUCAAUCGAAGUUCUCACCAAGGAAAAUGACUUAUAUUCUGAUGAAUUGAAAAAAAUUAGGAAUGAGUUCCAUAAGUUCAAAAAUGAAGCACUUGAAAAACAGAAAGAAAGGGAAAAAGAAAAUAACGAACAUGGAAAGUUAACAACCAAUCUCGGAGAAGAGAUUAUUCCACUGAUUAACACCAAAAAAAGUUUUUUGAAGAAUGGCAGUACGAAUAUGAAGAUAAUGAUACUUGCUGAUCAACAGGGUCGUAAUAUUGACAAAAUUUUCAAAUCGAAGUUGAAAAACUGUAAUACUGUGUCGAUUUUGAAACCAGGUGCCCAUUUUGAAUCUGUGGUUGAACAUAUCGAUAGUUUAUCUGGAGAUUUCAGUGAAAAUGACUUUGUUAUUGUUGUAGCAGGAAUUAAUGAUUUCAAAUGUAAUAGAAUACCUAAUGUAGAAAAAAUUACUGCUAAAAUUAGCCUCUGCAAAAAUACUAAUAUUGUUAUGGCAGCCAUAAUUAAUGGGGCGAUAUCGGCCGACCGCGAUUACCCCAUGUUAGAAGGUCUUAUACAUAUUGAUAUUUUCCCAGAUGCCAAGAAGUAA